AAAUGGCCGUGAAAAGGACCGAGCUCCAGGGUGUAUGAAAAGUUAAUGGUGGAAGAAUCCGUGAUAAAAACUUGUGAAUAAUCUCGUAUUCAGUGUGGUGUUGUUGGAAUUAUACAAAAUGUGCCAAACAGUGAGAAUCCAGUCUUAAUGGUGGUUUAGGCAGCGCCCGAAACCGCUGGAGGGACGAUCGACGAGACAUUGCUGACAGAAGGGUCGGUGCGUGUAUCGGAGCACGCGGAGGCUAGAGGACGCAGACUGACAGCGCGACUAUCGCCAUGAACGAGCUCGAUAGCCUGCGCCAGGAGGCGGAAACACUUAAGAAUGCCAUACGUGAUGCGCGCAAAGCGGCCUGCGACACGUCGCUGGCGCAGGCGACGGCCAACCUGGAGCCGAUCGGCCGCAUCCAGAUGCGCACCCGCCGCACACUCCGCGGACACCUCGCCAAGAUCUAUGCUAUGCACUGGGGCAGUGACUCCAGGAACCUGGUGUCAGCGAGUCAAGACGGCAAGCUGAUCGUGUGGGACAGCCACACGACGAACAAGGUGCACGCCAUUCCGCUCCGUUCCUCGUGGGUAAUGACCUGCGCGUACGCACCCUCCGGCUCAUACGUUGCCUGUGGCGGGUUGGACAACAUCUGCUCCAUCUACAGCCUGAAAACUCGCGAGGGCAACGUUCGCGUGUCCCGUGAACUGCCCGGUCACUCCGGCUACCUCUCCUGCUGCCGUUUCCUGGACGACAACCAGAUCCUCACCUCCUCGGGAGAUAUGACUUGCGCGCUGUGGGACAUAGAGACCGGCCAGCAGUGCGGGCAGUUCACCGGCCACACGGGUGACGUAAUGUCGCUGUCGCUCGCGCCAGACCAGCGCACCUUCGUCUCGGGCGCCUGCGACGCCUCCGCCAAGCUGUGGGACAUCCGCGACUGCCAGUGCAAGCAGACCUUCCCCGGGCACGAGAGCGAUAUUAACGCUGUUACGUUCUUCCCGUCCGGGUUCGCAUUCGCGACAGGCUCCGACGACGCGACUUGCCGCAUGUUCGACAUCCGCGCCGACCAAGAGCUGGCCAUGUACAGCCACGACAACAUUAUCUGCGGCAUCACCUCCGUCGCCUUCUCCAAGUCUGGCCGGCUGCUGCUUGCCGGCUACGACGACUUCAACUGCAACGUGUGGGACUCGAUGAAAAGCGAACGCGCCGGCAUCUUGGCCGGACACGACAACCGCGUGUCCUGCCUCGGCGUGACCGAGAACGGCAUGGCCGUCGCCACCGGCUCCUGGGAUUCCUUCCUGCGCAUCUGGAAUUAAAAAAAACCACCGUCGCCACCACACCGCCAUCC